UUUUUCAUAUUUCAUACUAUGAAAGUCGACUAAUCAAUUAAUCUGCAUAUCAUUAUCUGAUCACAAAGUUAAGAGGAUUGAUUGGUGUAUAACAAGUCUUUGUUUACUUGGACUAGAGAUAUGGUGUGAAUCGUUUAUGGCCCUCACUGGUUGAUAUUAUCUCUUUCAUCUAAAUAAAAACAAAAAGAGUUGAAAAUGUAUAUUACUGGGGUGCGGUAAUGAUAUUUAAUUAUUGGCACACGAGGCAGGUCGCAGAGGGGAUUGAGAAAAUAAAAUAAAAAAUAUAGAGAGAGGGAGAAGAGAAGAGUCAAUUGUGUUUUGGCCCCCAAGCAAAAGCAAGGACUCACCCUCGAAUCCAAUAUCAGCAAUCAGCAUAGCAUUUUGUUGUUGCUGUAUAUUCAUUCUUGUUCUUGUUCUUGUCUUUGUUGUUGUUGUUGAUAUUUCAUAUAUGGGUUUUAAAUCUGCAAUCUUCUUGUUGUUGUUAUAUAUCACAAUCACAACGCUACAAUUGGUAUCGUCGUCUUCGCCUAUCUGCCCUCCCCAGUCCGAUUUGUUCCGUAUCACUCUUCAAUCUCAAUGCCCCGCCGCAACCUCCCCCUACCCACCCCUCCAGGUGGAUGGGAACUUCAUUGACAGAGCGUUAGCAUCAACACGGAACACUGGUUAUACUUCUGUGCUCUUUUACGCUUCCUGGUGCCCAUUUUCACGCAAAUUGUAUCCUAUUUUUGAAAUGCUUAGCUUCAUGUUCCCUCAAGUGGAACAUUUAGCAGUUGAGCAAUCUUCAGCCUUCCCAAGUGUAUUCUCAAGAUAUGGAAUCCCUAGCUUCCCUUCUAUUUUAAUAGUCAAUCAGACGUCAAGGGUCCGAUAUUUUGGUCCAAAAGAUCUCCUGUCCCUCGUCCAAUUUUACCAGAAAACCACAGAAAAUGCGGUUGGAGGCAUGCAGCCCGUUUUUCUUUAG